AUGGCGGCCCGGUGGCAGGGCGGCGACCAGAAAAAACUGCGCCCGGGGAGCAGACGGAGCCGGGCUGCCGGAAGUUUUGAUAGGCGGCGGCCGGAAGGUGAGUGGCCGGCGGCGGCAGCGCAGGGAGGCGGAGACGGCGGACCUGGCCGGCGGGGAGCCGGAGCGGCGAUAUGGAGCGGCCGGCGGCGGCAGUUCGCGGCCGGCGAGAGCCGGAGGAACAGCGGCGGCGUCCGGAAAAGGACGGAGGGGCCGCCGGCAGGGGCCGCAGGGGCCGGACUGACAGGGAGCGAAGCUCCGGUGGCGGCCGGGUGGCAGGGCGGCGGCCGAAAAAAACUGCGCCCGGGGAGCGGACGGAGCCGGGCUGCCGACAGUUUUGAUAGGCGGCGGCCGGAAGGUGAGCGGCCGGCGGCGGCAGCGCAGGGAGGCGGAGACGGCGGACCUGGCCGGUGGGGAGCCGGAGCGGCGAUAUGGAGCGGCCGGCGGCGGCAGUUCGCGGCUGGCGAGAGCCGGAGGAACAGCGGCGGCGUCCAGAAAAGGACAGAGGGGCCGCCGGCGGGGUUCGCAGGGGCCGGACUGACAGGUCUGACAAGCCUGUCAGUCCGGUACCCUGAAAAUGUGGCCAGGAGCGGAGCUCCGGUGGCGGCCGGGUGGCAGGGCGGCGGCCGGAAAAAACUGCACCCGGGGAGCGGACGGAGCCGGCCUGCCGGCAGUUUUGAUAGGCGGCGGCCGGAAGGUGAGCGGCCAGCGGUGGCAGCGCAGGGAGGCGGAGACGGCGGACCUGGCCGGCAGGGAGCCGGAGCGGCGAUAUGGAGCGGCCGGCGGCGGCAGUUCGCGGGCGGCGAGAGCCGGAGGAACAGCGGCGGCGUCCGGAAAAGGACGGAGGGGCCCCCGGCGUGGGCCGCAAGGGCCGGACUGACAGGUCUGACAAGCCUGUCAGUCCGGUACCCAAAAAAUGUGGCCAGUGGGUGGUGCUAG